AAGCUUGGGGCAACGGAGGCACUGUCCACAAACAAAUAGAUCACCAUGACUCACCAGUUUCCAGCACUGUCUCCAGAGCAGAAGAAAGCUCUUUCAGACAUUGCUCAGCGGAUUGUGGCUUCAGGAAAGGGGAUCCUAGCUGCAGAUGAAUCAGUGGGUACCAUGGGGAACAGGCUGCAGAGGAUCAAUGUGGAGAACACUGAGGAAAAUCGCCGUGCUUUUCGAGAGAUACUUUUCUCUUCUGAUACUUCCAUCAACCAGAGCAUUGGGGGAGUGAUACUUUUCCACGAGACUCUCUAUCAGAAAGACAGCAGUGGAAAGCCUUUUCCAGCUAUCAUCAAAGAAAAAGGCAUUGUGGUGGGAAUAAAACUGGAUAAAGGAACAUCACCACUAGCAGGAACAAACGGAGAAACCACCAUUGAAGGACUGGAUGGACUGUCUGAGCGCUGUGCCCAGUACAAGAAAGAUGGUGUUGACUUUGGCAAAUGGCGUGCAGUGUUGAAGAUCACCAGCACAACACCCUCUCAACUUGCCAUCCAAGAGAAUGCCAACGCACUGGCACGCUAUGCCAGCAUCUGCCAGCAGAAUGGCUUGGUGCCCAUUGUGGAACCAGAAGUUUUACCUGAUGGUGACCAUGAUCUCCAGCGCUGCCAGUAUGUCACAGAAAAGGUUCUGGCUGCUGUCUACAAGGCCUUGAACGAUCAUCAUGUCUACCUGGAGGGGACACUGCUGAAACCCAACAUGGUGACAGCCGGGCAUGCCUGCCCCAAGAAGUACACCCCUCAGGAUGUAGCUGCAGCAACUGUCACUACUCUCCUUCGCACCGUUCCUGCUGCUGUUCCUGGAAUCUGCUUCCUGUCUGGAGGUCAAAGUGAAGAGGAGGCUUCUCUCAACCUGAAUGCUAUGAAUCAGUCCUCUUUGCCUAAACCUUGGAAACUGACCUUUUCAUACGGAAGGGCUCUGCAGGCUUCUGCCCUGGCAGUGUGGCUGGGCAAAUCGGAGAACAAGAAGGCUGCACAGGAGGCUUUCCGCAAGCGGGCGCAGAUUAAUAGUUUAGCAUGCAGAGGACAGUAUGUUGUGUCUGGGAAGACUGAUGCAGCUGCUACACAGUCGCUUUUCACUGCCAGCUACACCUAUUGAAAGCACAGGAAUCUGCUUUUGUCCUGUCCUGCUUUAUAAGGUGAAAGGUGCUCAGAAAGGAAAGAAAAACAAAGAAGCCUAAUUUUCCUUACCCUGAACAAAACUGGAAAUGGAUUAGCUUACUCGUCUAGCCUUGACUUUCACAAUUUACAGAGGGGAUAUUCUUUUUUCAUCUACACAUUCUAAAAAUGAAGAAUUAUUUCCAUAGAAUAAACAAUAACUAACACUGAAUCACAAAUACGCUCUCCCUUUGGUUUAAACUUAGUCCCUAGAGUAGUAGGCAUAUUAAGUAGUUACCACUAGAUACCCUUGCCCAUUAUCAGAUUUUUGCCGCCAAAAUCUUAAAACCUGUCUUUAAUCAUGUGAAUAAAACAGUAAUUCAAAACCAA